GGAUUUGAGUCAUAGACACGGCCAACUAGAGUUAUUUGGACAGAAUCGAUCGUGUUUGGGGUGAAGAAUUGUUGAGAGUUGAGACUUGGACUGUCUGCUGUUGAUGCGCCCUGGGGCGUCUGGCCGACCACCAUGAAGCAAUCCGAAUCUCUUACCAUUGUCAUAAAACUAGGAACGACUUCUAUUGUCGACGAAAAGACGCAUGAGCCAAUUCUUUCCAUCCUGACACUGAUUGUUGAGACCGCUGCAAAACUGCGCAAAGAUGGACAUCGGGUGGUGCUCGUCUCGUCGGGUGCCGUGGGCGUGGGGUUGCGGAGGAUGGAUAUAGAUGAACGCCCGAAACAUAUUCCUCGCAUUCAGGCUCUGGCUGCCGUCGGCCAAUGCCGACUCAUGAGCCUCUGGGACAGUCUUUUCACGCAUCUUCGUAUUCCCGUCGCGCAAAUUCUCUUGACGAGAAACGAUAUCGCAGAUAGGACACAAUAUGUCAACGCUCAGAAUACCUUUUCGCAAUUAUUCGACAUGGGUGUAAUUCCCAUUGUCAACGAGAACGAUACCUUGGCUGUUUCAGAAAUCAAAUUUGGUGACAACGAUACGUUAUCAGCGAUCACCGCAGCCAUGGUGAAAGCCGACUACCUGUUCUUAAUGACAGAUGUAGACUGUCUCUAUACAGCGAACCCACGAAGCAAUCCCGAAGCACGACCCAUUGAAAUAGUGUCCGAUAUCUCCAGCCUGGAAGCCGAUGUCUCGACGGCUGGCUCCUCCCUUGGUACUGGUGGCAUGAGCACGAAGAUCGUGGCCGCUAAACUCGCAACCAGCGCUGGCGUUACGACGAUUAUCACAAGAAGCUCGAAGCCCGGAAACGUCCAUCAAAUCGUGAACUACCUCCAGCAGUCACGAGGGAGAUCACAAUCAGAUUCAUCAGGCGAUGAUGCCGACUCUUCGUCUCUGCCAGCGCCACCACUCCACACUUGUUUUCUUCGCUCCGAUACCCCGAUACAAUCCCGGUCUUUCUGGCUGCUCCACGGCCUGAAACCCCACGGCACCAUAUAUAUCGACCAGGGCGCCUACAAUGCGUUACAGAACAAGGCUAGCUUACUUCCAGCCGGCGUGUUGGCCGUGGAAGGCCACUUCGGGCAACAGGAAUCCGUCCGGCUGGUCGUCGUAGAGAAGCCCUCUCCCUCCGCACUCAAUGGAGACUUCCCUCACCAAGGAGAGGAGCCGAAAGAAGUCGGACGGGCGCUGGUGAACUAUAGCAGUGCUGAAAUAUCCCGGAUAAAAGGACACCGCAGUUCGCAUAUCCAGUCGGUGCUCGGUUACGCGGACAGUGAGUAUGUUGCGUUGCGGGAGAAUAUAUCUUUUUUCCUCACUGAAGAGAAGCUGAGCCGACCUGUCACCCCGGCAUUGGAUCUGAUGGUAUAACGAAUUGGAAUUUGGAGCACGCCUUGCCACUGACCAUGAGCAAUGCAUAUGUGUUUAUAGAAGAAUCAUAGAUUUGCACAAAGAGCCUGUGGAUGAGCCCAUGUCUUUCUAUUUAACUUCACACGCAUGACGAGAUAAUAAAAGCUGAACAUAAUUUCAUUG